AUGACUAGACCAAGCAGAGACGGAUUGGUUUGGAAGGAAGGUGGCUUCGAUCCCGAACCCUGCUGGACACGAGAGCCAUCGGUAGAAGCCAUCGAGAAAGUCUGCCGCCGGCAGCUGGGAAUUGACAUAAGCGCCAGCUGCCAAGUCUCCUUUUACGCAUCCGGAGCAUUCAACAAGUUGUAUUCUGUUCACUAUGACAACAGCAAGCUCCUCAUGCGCGUGUCUCUUCCGGUGGACCCCGGCGCCAAAACUCGCGGCGAGGUUGCAACUUUGCGCUGGCUUCAGCGCUGUACCAACACUCCGGUCCCUCGCGUCAUCGCUUUUGACGACACCAACAGUAAUGAAAUUGGCUUUGAAUGGAUUUUGAUGGAGUUCAUGCCAGGUGUCUCGGCAUACAAAAGAUGGCGAGGUAUGUCCAUGGCGCAGAAGACGGCUUUCGUUGAACAAGUAGCCGAUCUUCAAUCGCAAAUCUUCCAUCACGAAUCAGACGAGUUCCAAGGCAUUGGAACUCUCCAGAGCAGUGGAACUGGCAAUUUGGAGCAGCAAACACAGAACGACAUCUCACCGGGAAGAAUGGUUUCCCUGCUUCUAUUCUGGGGCGAGCACUACGAAUACGACAUCGCUCGAGGACCGUUUCGUUCCAGCCAUGAUUGGCUAGAAUCUUAUUUGAAGGUUGCCACCCGUGAUUAUACGAAAGCCCUUCGAGAAGCAGAAGAUGAAGAAGACAGGGAAGAUGCCGAGGUAGCCAUUCAAGUCGCAGAGAAGCUCCUAGCUCUGCUGCCCAAGAUCUUCCCCGUCAUCCAGCAACCUCCCGAAAGAACCUUCCUAUGGCACGAUGACCUGUCACUUCAGAAUAUCCUGGUGGAUGACGACGGGAACAUCACUGCUGUAUUGGACUGGGAGUGUGCUUCUACAAUGCCCUCCUGGGUGACCACCCAAGUGCCUAAGUUCCUGGAUGGAGCACGAAGAGAGGAAGAGCCUGUCCGUGACCAAUACGGGGAUGACAAUGAAAGCGACAGUGACAGCGACUUGGAUAAUGAGGGGAAAAACGAGCUGUACUGGAUUCACCUGCUAGAAUACGAGCAGACGCAGCUAAGGAAAGUCUACUCAGACCGAAUGCAAAAGUCAACGUCUGAAUGGACAAUGAAGGUCCAAGAUAGCUGCUUGAAGACGGAUUUUCUGGAAGCAGUCCAUCGCUGCAGUGGUGGUUUCUAUCUGAAGCGCAUCGCGCAGUGGGCAGAUGCCAUUACAAACGGAGUCUUUCCACGACUUGCGGAAACGCUACAGACAGGGCGACUAUAA